AUGAGAGGUGUGGCCUGGAACUGUAGAGGGUUGGGGCAGACCUCUACAGUUCGUGAACUGAAGUCCCUGAUCAGAUCGCGCUCUCCUGAUUUUGUCUUUAUUUCUGAACUGAAAGUUGAUGCUACAACCCUGGUACGCACUCUAAAAUCCCUCCAUUUUUACUUUAAUAUCACUGUGCCGCCUGUAGGUACAGCCGGGGGAAUUAUUUUGGCUUGGAAAAUUGGGUUUAGCUUUGAAUGUAUAUCUUGCUCUGGCAAUCAAAUUUCUGGUCUGGUAUAUUCGGAUGCCCCCACUCACCCCUGGCUCCUCUCGUGUGUGUAUGGUCCUCCAUAUCUUCAUGCUAAGAAAAAGUUCUGGACUGAGCUCAUGUGGAUAGGAGAAAGAUUUGGGGGCCCGUGGUUGAUCUUUGGCGAUACUAAUUUUGUGCUUAGUCAUUCUGAACGUGAAGGGUCGUCUGGAAGGGACCCCUUCGUCUCUUUUAUUUCCAAUCUAGUGGAUUCUCAUGGCCUAAUUAAUAUGCAUAUCCAAGGUGAGAAAAUGACUUGGGAUAACCACCGGUCUGGUAGUAGACAUGUGAAAUCUGCUCUUGAUAAAGGAAUUGUCAAUGGAGAGUGGAUCCAUCUGUUUCCCAAAGCUAUUCUCUGCUCUCUUCCUACGAGCAAUUUGGACCAUAGACCGUUAUGCCUUGACACGGGGGGAAUUGCCCCUAAAUUUAGAAGGUGCUUUAAGUUUGAAGAGGGGUGGACGAGGGACGAAAGAAGUAAGCUGGUGGUGGCCAAUGCUUGGGACUCGGUUGAGCGUUCAUGGGCUCCUGAUCGAGUGUUCAGGAAACUUGGGGCGACUCGUGUUGCUCUCCUCAAGUGGAACAGAACUCAGUUUGGGAAGUUGGAUGAGGUGAUUAAAGAAUUGGAACAAAAACUUGAUAGAUUACAGAGCUUACUAGCAGAUAAAUGCUCUAAAUUCUUCUUCCUCUCAGCAGCUAUUAGAGGAAGAAGAAAUGCCAUUGAGAGCCUUCUGAGUAAAGACAAUUUAUGGAUUACUGACUGUGAGUUAAUUGGGCGUGAAUUCAUUGAGUUCUUUUCGAACAUCUACUCGGGGUCAGAGAUUAGUCAAGCUACGGGAUGUAGAGAGUUAUUUCAGACUAAGCUGUCGUUGGAGGAGCAGGAGGGGACCACCUUUUGUCCCUCUCGAGACGAAAUCAAACGUACGUUGUUUGCCAUGAGCAACCAUAAGGCUCUGGGGCCGGACGGUAUGUCCGUUCUCUUUUUUAAACACUACUGGGAGUCGGUUGGUGAUGACUUUUGUGAGGCAGUUAGCGAUUUUUUUGAAGAAGGUAAUAUGCAUAGAGGAAUCAAUUCAACGAAUGUGGUGCUCAUCCCCAAAGUUCAGAAUCUGAAGCGUCCUAACCACUACAGACCUAUUUCUCUAUGCAACCUCGUUUAUAAGGUCAUAUCCAAAAUAGUUGCAAACAGAAUUAGACCUAUCCUUCCUUCUCUGAUAUGCCCUACUCAAGCUUCUUUCGUUCCGGGUAGGAAUAUCCAGGAUAACAAUGUGAUCGUUCAAGAGAUUAUCCACACCUUCAAAAGGAAAAAAGGUAAAGAGGGAUAUUUUGCAAUUAAAAUUGAUCUUGUUAAAGCCUAUGAUAGGCUAAGCUGGAGCUUCAUUGAUCAUGCUCUUGAUUGCUUUGGUUUCCCUCAAAAGUUUCGGCGGUGGGUUUCUCAGUGUAUCUCCACCACUUCUCUCAACGUGUGCCUUAAUGGAGGUCAGGUUGGCAGGAUUUUGCCGUCCUGUAGCCUCCGCCAGAACGAUCCUCUAUCUCCUUAUCUUUUCAUCUGUGCUGCGGAAGUGCUUUCAAGACUCUUUGAAGAGGGCCUACGAAAUGGUGAGAUGAAGGGUAUCAGGCUCAGUAGGGGAGGGCCGGUGCUAUCGCACCUAUUCUUUGUUGAUGAUCUCAUCCUGGUGGGUAGGGUCAAUGUGAAUGAAGCCAAAGGUUUUUGGAAUUGCCUGGAGAAGUUUUGUUCUUGGUCGGGUCAAAAAGUCAAUAAGUUCAAAACGUCAAUAUUCUUUAGUAAUAAUACUCCCAAUGGCAUGAGGAGAGGAAUCAAGGAAGCAUUGGGCAUUGAUUCUCCUGAAGGGGUCACUAAGUAUUUAGGCUUGCCUCUCUUCAGAUCUAGACAAAAAGAUGCAGAUUUCAAUUUCAUCCUUGAUAGUCUUACUUCUAAACUUCAGGGAUGGAAGACAAAGACAUUGUCCAAGGCGGGUCGCGCUACGCUCAUCAAGUCUGUAGGACUUUCGCUCCCAAUGUAUGCCAUGCAGACUACUAAGCUCUCUGACCGGCUUGUAAACCAGAUUGAUGGUCUGGUCAGGGACUUUUGGUGGGGCUUUGAGAAGGGGAAUCAUGGUCUUUACCUUAGAGCUUGGGAUAAACUCUGUCUUCCUAAGUCUUUAGGAGGCCUUGGUUUCCGGAAAACUAAAGAAAUGAACCUGGCCUUCCUGGCCAAGUGGGGUUGGAAGAUUCUGACAGGUUGCCAGUCUUUAUGCUGCAAAAUUUUGGAGGCUAAAUAUUUAAAAGGGAAGGAUCUUCUCUGCUGUAGAUACAAAGACUCUAACUCAUGGUUUUGGAAAAUUUUGGUUAAAGCCAAUGCAAUCCUCAGAAAAGGCGCCUGUAAAUUGGUGGCGAAUGGCAGAAAUACAAGCAUCUGGAGGGAUCCUUGGAUAUCUCAUUAUAAAUGUUUCAUUCCGAAACCAAUGGCUGGAGUCCUGACAAACAAUAACUGUGUGGCUGAUCUCCUUACACCCUCUGGCGUAUGGGAUGUUCACCAAUUAAGAAAUAUGAUUGAUCAGGAAACUGUUGCGGCAAUCCUUCAUGGAGGAACCCCUUCGGGACAGGGAGAGGAUAGAUGGGUGUGGACUUUAGAGACCAAUGGUCGUUUCUCGUGCAAAUCGGCUUACCUUGCUCAGGCUACAGAAAGAGCUAGUCACUCUGAGGUGGCUCCGUCGCUUUGGAACAAGCUAUGGAAUAGUAAAAUUCUAGAGAGACACAAGAUUCUUUGGUGGUGUAUUCUGUCAAAGGCGCUUCCUGUUAGAGCUGAGAUUGGUAGAAGGUUUCAGAUCGAGGAUUUGGGAUGUCCUUUAUGUGGAUUAAUGGAGGAAUCUAUGGAACAUUUGUUUCUGUCGUGUGAUGUGGCGCUACGCUUGUGGCGCUCUUCACCUUGGGGCAUUUACCCUGUCUGUGAUAAUGGAAUCCGUGUUUGGGACUGGGUGAAAUUUAUGUGGAAUCUUAACAAAAGGGGUCUCCGUACUGAGGAUGUAUUCCUUUAUGCAUCGAUUGUAGUUGACAACAUCUGGAGGAUGCACAAUGAAGUUAUUCACAAUAAUACCGCCCCUAAUGUUAUGAAAUGUAUUGGUAGUAUUUCCACUUAUUUUGUAGAGUUACGUACUUCUCUUGUGCCUAGUCUGACUCCAAUCUUGCGGGAGAGUUGGGAGCCGCCACCUCUGGAUUGGAUUAAAUUGAACUGUGAUGUUAGAGUGGGUAUGGAGAGUAUGUGCAUAGCGGCUGUAGCAAGGAAUCAUCUGGGCACGGUGGUUCGUAUCCACACGGCUCGGUUGGAUUUCGUUGAUGCGGUUUGA